CGGCUGCUCAACCCCGGCAACAGCCUGCGCAGCGCUCCGCGUGAAGGGAAGGGGGAAGAACCACUUCCGGGUCAGGGGGCGCGGCCGGGCCGGAAGUGAACGGGAGCUGCCAUGGCCUCUGCGGGGGAAGUGUCUGCACUGGUCCUAGUGGCUAUUCUAUGGGGAGGGACAAACCCAUUUUUGAAGACGGGGACAGAGGGACUGGAGAAGGUGAAGCAAAGGAACCGGGUGCUGCAGCUACUUGCAGAGAUGAAAUUCCUGUGCCUCAAUUAUAAGUACAUGGUGCCAUUUCUGUUUAACCAGUGUGGAUCAAUAAUCUACUACCUCACAUUGGCAUCCACAGACCUGUCCCUGGUGGUGCCUCUCUGUAACUCUCUGGCUUUGAUAGUCACAGUAGUAACUGGGAAGACUCUUGGGGAAGACAUUGGUGGUAAAAGUAAGUCAUACUUCAGUGCAGUGCUUUUAUAUAUGUGCUCUGCACACAGCUUGGCAUUCAGCACCAUACCUUGAACAUCUAGAUUACCAUUGUUUGGUGUGAUCUCUAGCUAGAUCAUGUAAUGCUAGGGGCAAGAUGUAUGGUUAGUUAAACUGUUCUUCUUAUCAUAAUUGGGGAUGGAUUUAUUGAGGACCCCUCCCCUAGAUAUGUACAGAGUGAUGAUCUGGUUAAUCCUACCUUCUCAUGGAUGGAUAUAAGAUAACACUAGUCUGUGUGCGAUCAUCAGUUGCUGUUGUCUCACUGAGGGAUUUGAAACUAGGUUUUAGACAACUCUACUCUGCUAGUAGUAACUUAAUAUUUUUACAUUAAGGAGCUACACUGGGGGUAAGCUGCAGAAAGUAAGAAUGUUAUCCUGUGAGUGCUUUAGGGGAGGGAAGAAACCAAGCAAAUUGAAGUGUGAUGACAUUUUGUUCCAAACAGCUUAUUCAGCUUUCUAGGAUUAUUGUUGAGAGAGGGUGAAAUUUGUAGAUUUAGAGGCGUCCUGUACAGUUCAAGUCAAUGGGAGUUAAGGGUAACCGUACCUCAGGUUCAGGCCUUUACAAAAUAAAGACAUGUGAGCAGAACAGAACUGGUUAAUACCCCUCUGGGCCAAGAAAGAUGUUCUAUAAAAACCUAAAUUACCCAUGAAGAUUCUUCUUCCUCAUCCCUUCCCUCAGUCCAGCGUGUGACACUAGAUAACUUCAUUAAAUGGCUGCAAAUUUGAGGUUGUUUGUAACUGACUGGGAUGAGGUCCAGCUCUAUAGGCCCAUGCUAAUAGCUACAUUUGUCUUUAAACACAGCUAUUGUUAGCACAGCGUUAACAAGGUUUCCCUGACUAGAGCAAACAAGGACUUUUUUCCUAAGAACUGUGCUCCAGCCUCCUAUACACACACGCUAUGCUGUCCGUAGUUUUAUAAUAUAGUUAACAGAUUUAAAAAAAAAAAACAACAAACCUCUGCACCGGUGUGAGGAAGAGUGUCUAGAACCUGCUAUUAACAACGCUACUGAAAUUCAUCCAGAACUAGCAUGUUUCUGAUCCUCUCUAUCUAGCUAGUCAAACCACAUCAUCACUGUAGCAUGUGAACGGAGGACAAGGCCUAACUGAUUAGUGGUGAGUGUUCAUGAUUCCUCCCAUUUUUGUAUGUCCUGUCUCCUUAGGAGCAGUGGUAGGAAUGCUGCUUACUAUCUUGGGAGUUGCUCUGUGUAUAGCUGGUUCUGUGAACGAGUGAGAAACACUGUGACAGUGGAAGAAGAAAGAAUGCGCAGAAGGUAAUGCCAUUGUUUGGGAUAGGUACCCCCUGCCUCUCUGGACCCAGAUCAGCUGCCAGUGCUGUGGUCUAGAACCAAGGCAACGUGGAAGGGUGAAUUUUGAUACCUAAAGAAGAAGAUUUCUGAAAACAGUUGUUGGAGUCUCUUUGCCUUUUCAAGGUUGAGGUCUUGUUCUUUUGGGGGCACUAAGCCUUGAAUAUUUGGGGUUUGAGCCCCCAAUACUUAAUUUACAUGCAGAAUCCUACGCAAAAAAUUAGUGUCCCGAUCUUCCUCCGACCUCCCUUCUAAGUCUCCCAAAGUUCCACACUGCUGGAGUCCAUGGUGUAAUCUCCAUUUAUUGUACAUCCCCGUGAUGGACAUGUUGACAUUCCCACCCACACAGUGAGGGAUUUGGAACCAGAGUUUACUCUGUUAAAAAAAAAAAAAAAUGUAAACAACUGGGUUGCAGAGUUGAAGGGUCAUCUCAUCACUAGAUAGUACAUUUUAAAAUCUGAAAAAAAAACCCUUUAUAUCCAUCAGGGGAAUAUUUGACACGGGACAGCAGAAAAUGGUUCACCAAGCUUAUUUCCGGAGGUAGCUACUGCACUCAGACUCCGCACUGUACUCUAAUUGCUACAUCACCGUAUUUCUAGAACCCAAAGGCUGAACAAACUAGAUAGGUUCAUACUCAUCCCCUCCUCAGUUUUUCCAGAAUGUCUUUUCUUCCGUGUGUGCCUCUUAGACUGUAAGCUCUUCAGAGCAGGGACUAUUCUUAACUUGUCUUGUUCAGCACUUACUGGAUAAUAAAUUAUUACCAAAUGCUCUGAGCCAAUGUCCCUCCCGGAUUGAGACUUACAACUUAACUGAGAACCCAGCUAGUCUCUCCGCUGCAGAAGGACUCCCCUUUCAUGGGCGAGUAAAAGUUAUUCUGUACAGUAAAAAUUAAUUCCUUCCCCCCCAUUUCAGAUACAAACCAGCUCCUUGACUGUGGAAAUUAAAAAAUGUAGGCCCAGGCAUUUCCCAUCUUCCUCCCAAAGCACCUUCCCCAAGAAAGGAAGAAAAGUGUUUAUAUUAAAAUUUAUAUUUUUAAAAAUA